AUGACUAACCCAAUUCCAAUUCGUCCAUGGUCUCGUUUGGCCUCCUUGCGUUCUCCUCAGUCUGAGAUCCCACAACCUUCUCUCAAACCAACAAACACUUCUUCUCAUGACAACAACAAAAGUGUCACAAAAUCUCAACCAAGAUCACCACAUGUUCACAACCCCAUGCACCCACAAAAGCUCAAACUCACUACCCCAAUGACCUUUCCACCUUCCAAAUUGGUGGUCCACCCUCAGCCAGUGGAAGAAGUCACAAUUCAAAAGCCUAGUGGCAAUGUUUCAUUAAAGAAGGAGUCGAGAGAAAACCAAAUUGAAGGCAUUGGCCAAAAUGGAAAAAAGGUGGCAACCAAAGAAAACGAAAAGCAAGGGAAAGAUGUUCACCCAAAUGGCAUUAGGGUGAUAACAAUUUCAGGGGAAAACAGAGGUGCUGAAAUGCAAAUAACCAAACCCCAAAAGAAACCAAUUCAUCACAAGGGUGAGAAAGUGAAGCCAGCAAUGUAUGGGAACAGCAACGUGCAGUGUGUCAACAACUCAAUGCUGUUCAGCACUAGUCUCACUCAUCAUGAUCCAGGAAUGCAUCUUGGUAUCCCAAAGAAGCCAAUUGGCGAAGGAUUCAAUCUCAAGAAACGUGUUGAUGGUCAACGCAAUUGA